AUGUUUGCCCUGAGCCCCGGAACUUCCCCUCCGCCCACACCUUAUCUUACUAUUCUAAAUACAUAUUUCAAGCCAGGCUUGCUAACGAGGUUGGAGAAAAGGGUGAAAAGGAAGACGGUGCUGGCUCUGGAGGAGCUGACUCGGCAAAUAGAAGAAACGCACAGCCGGCGGGAAGGGCUGCUGGAGGACGGCUGGCAGCUGCUGGAGGAGAAAUCCCGCGUUCAGGCUGAAAACCAGCUUUUCAUGGAACACCUGUGCAGGAGGAACGCGCAGUGUAGACAGAGACAGGAGGAGCUGUGGCAGCGGCGUUUCCAAGAAUGUGAAGAGAUGCAACAGAGGAGACAGGAAUUAGCCGCCAGAUACAGCCAGGGAAGGGCAGACCUUCAAGCCCAGCUCUCCCGGGGCGGAAAGACCCUGUCCGAGUUGAAGCAGCGGUUGCAGACACUGAAGCCCGUUUACAUCGUAAAGGAGAGGCAGGACAAGAAAAUGCAGGCCUUAGAGAAGGAGAAAGAGAAAAUCCGAGGUGAGACCGCUGCCAAGGACCAGGAGGCACACUUGCAGUUCCUGCGAGAGAAGGCUCUGAUGGAGGAACAACUGGAAGACUUACACAGCAUGGAGCUGGGGCGGGUCGACACCAGGGAGCUUACUGGGAAGUACCAGGCCUUGGCGCGGGCAGCCAAGCAGGCUCACUUUGAGUUCUGCAGUGGCCUCCACAGGGAGAACCAGCAGCUACGGAAGGAAUUGCAGCAACUGAGUCAGGAAUACCACAAGCUGGAGGCUACAAGAAGCCAUCUGGAAAAGCAGCAGCAGCGGUUGAAGGAGAAGCAGUGGUAUCUAGAAACCUUGAGCAGAGGGAGACAACGGUUGCAGGCAGAACAGAAACGGGAGAGUCAUGAUGGUAAUCGGGGUCCCAAAGACUACUAUGAGCUGUCCCCUAGGCACUAAGCCAAGAGUAAACCCAAGCAGCAUCUAUACAACUAUUAAAUAUGAACCAGAGCACUGGGAAUAAUCUACAACCUAAAUAUUACCCAUCGUGGAGGAUAGAAUCCGUUGCGUUUCCAUGGAGGAGCCUUGUUGGGUUGGCGGUGCCUUGUUGGGAUGGCGGUUGUGCUCCUGGCCUGAACUCAUUUCAUUUGCUUUCCUCUGUCAUGAAUGCCAGAGUUUGAUAAUAUUUAGAAAACUCAUCUUUUAAAGAGUCUUAUGCCAUCCAUCACUAUAUCAACAUUCCUAAUUCUAAGAUGUUAAGUAAAUUUAUCUAGCCACAGUAUGUGCUUUUGUUUUAGGUCACUUUUUUUUUCUUAACAUAUGUACUUUGUAGACCACAAAGUGGCUUUUGUAAUUAGCAUGUUCUCUAUGGUUUUGUCCAUUUAGUAACAUCAGGAAUUGUAUUUUAAAUUGGUCCAGACUUUUAUUUGGGGUGUUAGAAUGUUGUGGCAUAUUUGUCAAGGGCUGAUGCUGAACUGGUCAUUUGUGGAACUAUGGAC